ACCAAAGCUGCAAAUGCAUUUGGUCUACUGUUCGAUCCGACCUUGUUGAAUUUACGGAAUUCUAUGGCAUCCAUUCCAUGUAGAAGAAAAUUAACUGUCCUGGGAAGAGCUCUUAUCAGUUGUGUAGAUGCCACAGAGUCAAUCACCAGCAGCACAACGUCAGGAUUGACCUCGGGGUUGAGACGAGUCUUCGUUUCCGACCUGAACUUCUUUUCGUACUUGGUUCAAAACGAAUUAGCUCCUAUCAGGCACGGCCACUUCCCAUUAUUUUUCAUGAAGAGUUCAUCGUUCUCAUCCCACACAUCAAACAGUAGUAGACGUUCACUAUGA